AUGUCGUGCGCAGCCAGCACUUUUGAGGCCAUGGCGCGCCGGGCACGCCCAGACCUCGAUGCCAUGUCGAUUGAGGAGCUCCAAGCCUACUUGGACACCUUACGCAAGAGAGACGAGAAACGCAAAAAGCAAGCUUGGCCCUCGAUAUCGGUCCCGUGGAAAUCUGAAUCCCCAGACAUCCAGCGUUUCGAGGUGGAGGCUGUUCGAAGCGUUCUCUGGUCCUGGGUCAGAGAUGCAGCCGAUUCAUGGACAUGCGGAUUCUACAGUUGGUGCUGUGAUCCCGUCCAGGCCGACCAUGUGCGCGACGAUGACGUGGUUGUAGCCUGA